AUCUUUCCACUAUGUUAUUUGAGUUGUAUCAAACGUUUUGACAGGUAAACAACUAGCAUUUUCGCGGUUACUGAAAGCAGUCAUGACUACGCUAGAAGACAAAAUUCUGGGUGAGAAAGUUCACUGCUACUGCAGCAGUAGUGAAAGUGAUGAAGAGAAAUCAGAAGAUGAGAGUGAAACACCUAACGCCGUAGCGGGCGCUGAAGGAAAGUCAUCGGAUGUACCUCCGCCUGACCCAUACAAAUGGGAGGGAUAUUCCACAAACACCGGCCCUAAAGGAGUGGUUCAGGAUUGGCGGCGAUAUAAACAACUGGAGAUAGAGAAGCGCGCCGAACAAGAAAAGGAGCGGUUGGACCUGAUAAAAAAACUUUCCUUGACGUGUAGAUCAGCAUUGGAUGAAGAGAGAGACAAAAACAAUGAGGAGCUAGAUCCCGAACUUGCAGAGCUUUUGAAUGACGAGAACAUUUUACUUGAAUAUCAGAAACAAAGGAUGCAAGAAAUGAUGCAGCAGAUAAGUUCGCUUCCAAGAUUUGGCAAAGUUAUAGCUUUGACCAAUGGAGAAGAAUUCCUUGAUGCAAUAGAUAAAGAACAUAAAUCUGUCACUAUCGUCGUCCAUAUAUAUGAAGACCACGUACCAGCAUGUGAAGCAAUGAAUGGCUGUCUUUUGAAUUUAUGCCAGGAAUAUGCGAAUGUUAAAUUUUGCAAAGUUAUUGGAUCAGCUGCUGGUGUCAGCAAACGUUUCAAAAUCAAUGGAGUGCCUGCAUUAUUGGUUUAUAAAGGUGGCCAGUUGGUAGGAAACUUUGUGCGUGUCAGUGAGGAGUUAGGCGAUGAUUUUUUUAUGGAAGACGUCGAGAGUUUUCUUCUUCAGCACGGCAUGCUUCCUGACAAAUCAUGUGUACCUGCAAUUAUAAGGCAACAGAAAGAUGAUGAUGAUGAUGGUAAUGCUAGUGACCUUAGUUUAGAGUAACCAGUAUUCCAAGAAACUGUCGAAGCUAACUAUUUUGUCAGUUUGUAAGUAUUUCUAAAGUCACUAUAUGUUAUGGUAACACAAUUUAAAAAUUGUUAUAGUUGAUGCUCUUAAUGUGAAAUUAUAUAUAUAUAUAUAUCUAUAUGUGUGUGUGUGUAUCAUAAAAGCAAUGAGA